GUGCUGAGUCCGGCUCCCUCGGUAGAUUUCACCUGAACCGACACACGUCUGAUGGAGGAUGCUCCGCCGGCUCGGUUCGUUUGUUGUGUGGAAAUAACCGGAGCUGCUGAGGAUUAACGGGACCGAGGGACAGGGACAGAGACAGAGACAGACCGGAGACCGGAGACCGGGGAGAGUGUGUCUCUGUGUCCGAGACAUGAAGACACGCAAAGGACGUCUCAGGGGGGGCACCCCCGCCAUCUUACUUCCUGUUUGAGACUCGUGCUGCAGUGACAACUUCCUGUGAUGUCACUACAGCUCCUGCACAUCCCCUGAUUGGAGGCUUCGCCUGUGAGACAUAGCCGACGCCCACCAUGAGCUGCUGACAUCAUACCCCCCGCCCUCCCCCCUCAACCUCUGAUAAAAUGUCCCCAUUUGAUUGGUCGUCACCAUGGCGAGCACUGCCCCUGAUGCCGCUGCUCAUCCUCACUUCCUGUUUCCUGUCCGAGGCAGCUUCGUCCACGAACUUCCCCAAAGACCUGGAGCCAAUUAGCCUGGUGGUCUCGGAUCAGUCGCAUCAUUAUCCCAGUUUUCAGGGUUUACUUCAGGACAACGAGACGCUGCGUCUGGGCCUCGACUUCCAGAGGAUGUUACGCCUCAACCACAUGUUGUACAUCGCUGCCAGGGAUCACGUGUUUGCGGUGAAUCUGACGAUGGCAGCGGACCAGUUGAUUCCUCAGCUGAAGCUGACUUGGAAAUCUGAAGACGUGAGCAAGUGUACGGUGCGAGGGAAGAACAGCGACGAAUGUUACAACUACGUUAAAGUUCUGGUGCCAAGAAACGAUGAAACACUUUUCACCUGCGGAACCAACGCUUUCCUCCCCACCUGUCGAAACUACAAGAUGACGUCGUUGGACCGGGUGGGGGAGGACGUGCUGGGACAGGCCCGCUGUCCCUUCGAGUCUCAUCAGUCCAACGUGGGACUGUUCGCAGGGGGCGACUUCUACUCGGCCACCAUGACGGACUUCCUGGCGAGCGAUGCCGUCAUCUACAGGAGCCUGGGAGACGACCGGCCGGUGCUCAGGACCGUCAAGUACGACUCCAAGUGGCUCCGAGAGCCUCACUUCCUGCACGCCAUUGACUAUGGAAACUAUGUCUACUUCUUCCUGAGUGAGAUGGCGGUGGAGUACACGGCUCUGGGAAAGGUGGUGUUUUCUCGUGUUGCUCGUGUUUGUAAGAACGAUAACGGAGGAUCUCCCCGAGUUCUGGAGCGAUACUGGACGUCGUUCCUCAAGGCUCGUCUGAACUGUUCGGUUCCUGGAGAUUCGUUCUUCUACUUCGACGUUCUUCAGUCUCUCACCAACGUUCUGCAGAUCAACCAGAGACCUGCUGUGGUUGGAGUGUUCACCACUCAAGCCAACAGUAUCCCUGGUUCUGCAGUUUGUGCGUUUUACAUGGACGAUAUCGAGAAAGUCUUCAAUGGAAAAUUCAAGGAGCAGAAGACCAGCGACUCAUCCUGGACACCGGUUCCUGAUGAGCUGGUUCCCAGACCGAGACCUGGUGUGUGUGCAGGCGAUGGUUCGGCUGCAGAAUACAAGUCGUCUGUUCAGUUUCCCGAUGAGACGCUAACUUUCAUCAAGUCGUAUCCUCUGAUGGACGAAGCGGUUCCCUCGCUCAACGACCGGCCCUGCUUCACCCGCACGUCCAGCAGGUCCAAGUUGACUCAGAUCGUUGUGGAUGUUCUGGCCGGUCCCUUCAAAGACCGCACCGUCAUGUUCCUCGGCUCGGACGACGGACGAGUCCUCAAGGUUCUGGCGAGUCUUCAUCCCAACGACAGCUUCGGCUCCAAGCUGCUGGAAGACAUCGACGUUUACAACCCGUCCAAGUGUAACGUUCAGGGUCAGGAGGACAGGAGGGUUCUGGGACUGGAGCUGGAUAAAGAGCAUCAUGCUUUGUUCGUGGCCUUCAGCAGCUGUGUGAUCCGAACGCCGCUGAGUCGCUGUCCUCAACACGGGUCGUGUAGAAAAGCCUGUCUGGCCUCUCGUGACCCAUACUGCAUCUGGCUGCGGACUGGGAGUUGUGCCAACAUGGCGCCGGGUUUCAAGUCGGGGUUUGAGCAGGACGUCGAGGGCGACCACUCGCUCCUCGGUGACGGCUGCCAGGGUGACAUUUUCGUUAUGACACGAAACCAAGAGUCCGGAGUCGACUCCGCCUUCGGUGUUCAUCGUCUUCCAGAUGUGGAUCAACGCGCCGCAGCUAACGUCCACUAUACACUUCUGAUCGCCUGCGUGUUGGUGGCUUUCUUCUUGGGUGCCAUGUUGUCAGGCUUUAUGAUGUCAUGCUACUGCGGACGCAGUGCUGCUCAGCGGGCACGGCGUCUGGGAAAAGACUCUGAGAUGUCGCUGCCUCACGCUCUGUCGCUGAGAUCUCUCGCCAAGCUCAACGGUCUGCUGGAGCGAGCGCCGAAGGAACACAAACUGGACGUGUCAACUCCAAAGAUGGACAGCUCCUCCAUCCCGAGCGGACAGCCAGGCCUGUCGCUGGGAGACCCUGAGCUCAACGGGUCGCAGUCUUUGUCGGAGACGGACGGUGAGCUGUCCGGUCUGCCCACCCCGGACUCCACCCCCCAGCUGCCCAUCAAGAGCAUGAAGGCUCUGCAGCAGCUUCAGUACGAGAAGAACCAAUACUUCAACAACACAGUGGCCAAAAGCCUCCAGACUGGAUCCAGUCCGGGUUUCGUGGCCGUCGUCGGGAACUCGUUCACACCGCAGGUGUUCCCCCGCCCACAUCACCAUGGCAACAGUCUGAGCAAUGGAGCAGCCCACGGAACUUCUUCGACUUCGCUGCACCUCCCUGAGGAGAGAGAGGUCUUGAAUGAGGAGCGACGUGUGACAACAAGAGGUGGAGGAGGAGGUGGGGGAGGAGAGGGAGGAUCUGGAGGCGGAGUCUACCAUCAUCACCAUUCGCAGCUGUCUCUUGCGCAGGCGGCGGCGAACGUGUCGGCGCUCGACGAGCUGCUGAAACACAUCCACGAGGUCAGUGCGUCAGGCACCGGGGGCAUCAAGGUCCUCACCUCCAUCUCCUCGUCCUCGCUGCUUCCGGGGCCGUCGGCCUCGGGGGGGCAACAUCAUCCCGUUGAUCAGGGUCACCUGACCCACCACAGCCAUCACCAUAGCAACCACCACAGCAUCAACAGCCACUGUGGAGGUUGUCGUCACCACCAGCAGAAGAUCCCAGAGACUGAAGGUGCAUUGUACAACAGCACCGCCGCGCUGCCGAGGGACGCCCUUCACAAACGUUUGGACGCACCCUCCCAAAAUUCUGCCUCCUCCUUCGCCACCUCCUCUUCUUCCUCCUCCACACCGCUCCAGCCAAAGGGGAUCCCAGAGAGACUUGGAAUAAGCAGUGUCUCUGUGGCACGCCACCACUCCCAACGCCACUCGCUAAUCAAAAUGGGCAGUGGGGGAGCUGCUGUUCCCCGUCACCACAGCUUCAACCAGCGGGGGGCGCAGCAUGCUCACUUUCUAGCCAGGAUGAACACCAACAGCAGCAGCAAUGGCCCCCCGGCCAGAAUCCACUGUGAGAGCCAGCGGCCGUUGGUCACCAGCAGCUGCCUGACGCGGCAGCACAGCUACACCGACGGGCCACACGUGCAGCGGGCGGCGAUCGUCCGGAGAACGGCGUCGCUCAAACCUCAAGUCCCGCCUAAACCCUUGUUCCUGCCAAACACAGCGGCCUCAGCAACAGAGGUGGGAAAAUACAACUACUGAAACUGGGAGAGGAGGUGGGGCCAUGAUGGUAGCUGCCGUCCUCUCUGAGUGAAACACCGACACGCUGCUGCCACAUGACAAAACAAGAGCUAUGAUGGGACGAAGGACACAGAGGACUCAUCAGUUUCCUGUAGUCCCUUAUUGCUCCACUGAGACAAGGGGGCCAGCGCCGCCCCGCUGCUUCACCACUGGAUCCUAACAGCUGGGCUCACAGUCAUGAGCAGAACGGCGCUGAGCAUCGAUGAACAUCCACAGGAGACAUUCCAGCAGUGAAGGACAUCGAUGAUUCAGCCCUGACGAGACAAAGAGCUGAUCUACCGUCUCCGCUGAACGUUUCUCCAGGACAUCGAUCAAACAAUUUGUGUUCAGAGAGAAAAAAACACUGAAAACGUGAAAAUGAAAGAAAAACAAACAUCAUUGCUUGUGAAGUUUGAAAGACUUUAAUGAACCAACAUGUCAACGAGAGAAGGAGAAGUGAGAUCAAACGUGAUUCAUUCAAUUCAUUUUUGUUGAAUUAGUUCAAUUGAUCCUUAAAAUCAAUUAAAAUGACUAAUUUACCUCAAACGAUUUCAGUUGUCUCUUUAACCUCAGAGCAGACUUUUUCAUAAAUCAGCUUCAAUAAACGUUUGUAAAGUUUGAUCUUUUCUUCAAAGCAUUUUCUCUCUCCUGGUUUCUAAAGUGACGUUCUGAAGUCCAGAGACAAUAGACGAAGUUGAGUCGGUUCAUAAAGUUCUGCUCAAUGUUUUUUGUCUUGUUUAAAGUAAGAAAAUAAGCAAUAAACAUAAUUUUAGGCAGUCAACACAACCGUAGUUUAACGUGUUUCAUCUGAAAUCAGUGAUG